GGAAGGUGGGGCCUGUUAAUCCUGACAUUAUACGACAUAGAGCGUACCGAGUGCACGAGGAAGUGAUUGCCAGUCCAUCAAGCCUCUCAAACCCCCCUUUGCGCGCAUGCUUAGAUCAGGUCCGCAGUCUAUUUCUAGGCCACCCAAUUAUCUCAAUGGCGAGCCGCGCUUGGCUCUGGGCUUACUGCAAAUACACGUAAGUACUUAUGUAUUGAUAUUCAGUAGAACAGAUACACGUUAUUGCCUGUUCGCCGUCAGACUACAUCCAACCAAUCGCGAAUCCCGCCGCACGCUGCCACUGCCCUACUGCCCAUGCGGGCCCUUUCGCAGCCGCUGCGGUCGAGCUGCAUUGCUAGUGACUGAUUGUUGUGGAUUAGGCGGUGCGGUUGACGGGUGGCGCACGCAUGGAGCUCCGGUGUUUGUGUUGGUGCGAAAUCACCAUAAUAGCGCACGAGAGGUGCAGGAAUCUUCCGCGGUGCAUGUGAAUAGAUGCCUCCGCUCAUUCACUGGAUUCAGAUAUGCAAUCGUAUAAAGAUAUGCUCUCCCGCUUAGAGAUUGAAUUGCCUGAUCUAUCCAUUAGAGACAUUGCUUCGAAAAGGCACAGCAUGAGAUGUCGUGUUCAU